AUGUAAACGGCGGUUUAAAAUUAAAACGAAGAAGAAGAAUUCAAAGUUAUGACCGGAAGUAUUUUUUCUGGCUCACGCUGUUGUUGAGGGAACCUGCAGUUCACAGACACAUUAGCUAUUUCCUCCUUGAGUGUGAAGAUACCAGAGAUGAAAAAACAAGACACUGAAGAGUCUGCCACUCAGGGCAGUGAGGAUGCUCCACCUACAGCGGGAGGGAUGGAGUCGCCUGCAGCUGCAAAAGACAGCUUGGACAGCAACAGCCCUAAAGAGUCUGAACCACAGACGCCACAGACAGACACACCGCCACAGACAGACACACCGUCACAAGGCGACAAGGCGGGAAGUGAAGCUGCACAGCCAGCGCUUUCUCAAUGUGACAUGGCUGAGGAGCUGAGCCGGCAGCUGGAGGACAUCCUCAGCACCUACUGUAGGGAGAGCAAUUCAGACGACGCCAGCACCGUGCCCAAUGGCCAGUUACACAGCCCAGUGCUCAAUGGCCUGACCAAUGAGAGAGUGGACGGCAAGCCAGAGGGAAAAGUCAAUGGAGCCGGCAACGGGGGGGAGAAGGAGCAGAAGAAGACUCAGGAGAAGAAGAAAAUCAAGGGUCUGGGCAAAGAGAUCACCCUCCUUAUGCAGACUCUGAACACCCUGAGCACCCCAGACGAAAAGCUUGAAGGCCUCUGUAAGAAGUAUGCUGAACUGCUGGAAGAGCACCGUAACACCCAGAAGCAGAUGCGAGUGCUGCAGAAGAAGCAGAACCAGGUGGUCCAGGAGAAAGACAACCUGAGGAGUGAACACAGCAAGGCCAUCCUGGCUCGCAGCAAGCUGGAGAGUCUCUGCAGAGAGCUGCAGAGACACAACCGCACGCUGAAGGAGGAGGGCAUGCAAAGAACGCGUCUGGAGGAGGAGAAAAGGAAGGAAGUGACCUCCCAUUUCCAGGUGACCCUGAACGACAUCCAGGCUCAGAUGGAGCAGCACAACGAGAGGAACGCCAGUCUGCGACAAGAGAACACAGAGCUGGCUGAGAAACUGAAGAAGCUCUAUGAGCAGUACAAACUACGAGAAGAGCACAUAGACAAAGUGGUAAAACACAAAGACCUGCAGCAACAGCUGGUGGACGCCAAACUGCAACAGGCUCAGGAGCUGCUGAAGGAGUCAGAGGAACGCCACGACCGAGAGAAACACUUUCUGCUGAAAGAAGCGGUGGAGUCUCAAAGGAUGUGCGAGCUGAUGAAGCAGCAGGAAGUUCACCUCAAACAGCAGCUGUCACUGUACACAGAGAAGUUUGAAGAGUUUCAGACCACUUUGUCCAAGAGCAACGAGGUCUUCACCACAUUCAAACAGGAGAUGGAGAAGAUGACUAAAAAGAUCAAGAAGCUGGAGAAGGAGACGGCCAUGUAUCGGUCCAGGUGGGAGAGCAGCAACAAGGCUCUUCUGGAGAUGGCAGAGGAGAAAUCUAUGCGUGACCGUGAGUUCGAGGCACUUCAGGGGAAAGUCCAGCGGCUCGAGAAGCUGCGGCGGGCACUAAAGGUUGAACGCAAUGAGCUCAACAAGAAGGUUCAGAACCUCAGUUGUCCGGAGAGUGGCACGGCAGGAGCCCCCACCUCCGACCCAGGGACCGACUCCCCGUCUCCACCACCUACAGACUCUCUGCUGGAGCCCAGCAGCCGCCCUGUCCCAGACACCGCACCCUGCUCCCAGUCCUGCCACUGUGGCCCAGAACAGGACACACACACCCUACUAGAAGAGGCAAAGGCUCUGCCCGUCGUCGCUGCACAGGAAUGAAGAAUUUCUGCUCACAGUCUCCUCUCAAGCAUCAAGCCACCUCACAAUAAGCCACCAGCCUGCAAGCCACUCCUGCGGAUGUUAAACACAGACACAGAUCAGAUAGCAAGCUUAACUUGUGUCCUCCCAGCAUGCUCUGCAGGCUUUAUGGAGGUGAUGAGAAGUCUGUCAGUACACAUACAUGCACACCACAACUCAGUAACUGAAUAACCUCAUAAAGGUCAUGGUUUAAUUAAAGCAUUGACAUGGUUCGUAAUAACCUCAUUUCACCCAAUAAUCAGAUUAAUUCAUUAGUGUGGUUCAUGUCCACAGGCUUCAGUUAUUCACAAAGUGGUGAAUGUGUUUCAAGUUAGUUGAUCAAUAAACUCAUUUAUUGGUUUUACCCCAUGACGCAAAAAAAAUCCUUUUACACUUGCUGCUGUGUGCGUGUAGAAACAUGGCUUACAAUCCACAACCUGCAACAAUCUGAACUAAAUUGUUAGUGUGCAUGUAAACGCACAGACCGCCUCGGUCCUGUUGUUUCACUGCACAUUCCCUUUUCCACUUGCAUCAAACACAGAACUGCUCGGCAAGAUGAGUAACAGUGCUGCUUGGGAUGACACAAGCCAAGCAGGUAUAUGACCAGAGGAGUCAUCAGAGGUUGUGUGUGUGUGUGUGUGUGUAAUAACAUAGAAAUAAUAUAGAAUUCUACAUAAUUAUUGAAGAAAGUUUCUCAUUCUGAUUAUUUUUCUUUCUUUUGUGUCAGUUGUUGUUUGUAGAGGCGUUUAGAGAAAAUGUUUUUGCAUCACACCGCUUCAUUGUUUGAUUUUGUGGUCUGUAUUUAUUGUUUAACACAUAAUAUCUGAUAUUGAAAUGUAUCUCACAGAGCACCACUAUAAAAGUUUGUUUUUUAUUCAUUUAGAACAUUUAGAAAUGUGUUACUUUUAGGACCAACGUUUCAUUCCUAACCUCUGAGUUUAGUUAGAUUCUAUAUUUUCACAUGUUUUUCUGCUUAUAACCUUAAAAUAACGACCACUUGAAACUUGAUUAACUACUAUCUUUGUGCAUCUGUGUGUGUGUGUGUGUGUGUAUGUGUGUGUGUGUGUGUGUGUGUGAGUGAACAUGGCUAUGAUUGUCUCCUCCCAGCCCUGAUGAUUGCAGUAGCUUGUAAUCAGGUUUUAACUCGAGAAUGUUCAAGGACCUCUAUGCAACGCUUGCCUCUUGGUCUUAUUCUGUGGCAGUCUCAACUUGACGAGCACUUAGCUGAGAAUGUAUAUUCAUUAUCUCCACUGUCCUGCAUGGAUGUAUUGUAUUAACAGACAACAUAUCCCACAGCAGAACUUUAUAUACGCUUAGGUUUGAACCUUGUUAAUUGCCUCUCAAUUAUUAGAUGACAUUGAACGUAACAUCUCCCUGAUGCUUUAAUGGUGCAGUGACUGAGCCGAGGUGAAUAAGAGGAAAUGUUCCAAACAUGUCCAUUCCUCAUCAGACAUUCUUAUGUACUACUUAAUAUGUAGCAUUGAUAACAAGGUGUCAUUUACAAACGUAUUUCUUCCAUCCUUCCACAGGACUGAGUACCUCUGGUACUGUGGUGGAUGUGUAGGUUCAUGGACCAUGAGAAGGAACCAAAGAUGUUUCCUUUUGUUUGUCUUUUGCAGUACUUUUAUCUGGCCCUGUAUAUUUUGUUUCUUGUUAAAUAAAAGAUGUAACAGUGUA